CAGAUAGAUAAAUCCUGAUCCAGAUGUGCACCACUGAAGCUUAUUCAUUAUUGAAGAUUUGUAGAUUUUUCAACUGCUGGAUAAUAAAACAGAACAACAUACUGCAAGCAAACGUCUCUGUUGGGCAGGAUGCAUCAUAUAAUUCAGUCGAUUCAGUUCAGUGCCAUGCAUCCCACCAAAACGUAUUUUAGAAGCGGUUUACAUGCAUUCAGGAGUUUAGAAGCGACGCAGCGAGCAGUACACAGUGCUGUCAGAAGAGAAUGGUUUCUCCCAUCACCUGUGCUUCAAGUGGUUUGUCCCACUAUUCAGCCAGCCUACCCUGAAUGAGUCAUCCUGCUCUUCCUUGAUUGGCCGGUUGGGAUCCAUCCCGAGGGAUUGCCAUGCAGAAAGCUGCCGAGGCCUGACUUCAUUCACAGAAACGUCGGCAGGCAGGAAAGCGAGACGCUGGGAGGGACUGCAGUGCGUUAGCCGCAGCGGUACAAGAAGCUUGUGAAUGACUGCUGCUUCCCUGUCACAAGCUCUUCUGGACAUUUUACAUGAAUGGCUCUUUUUUUGCUGCCUUAAUGUCGUGGGCUUCAUCCCGUUGGCUGCUUUUUAAUGGGGCUGGGAGAUCUGACAACACUAUUUACGGUCGUAUCCCUGCCGAAUCCGGAUGGCGUUUUAGUGAGAUCGAAUCUCGACGUGUAUUUGAAAGGGAUGUUUAAUUAUUCAACAAAGCUCAUUGAGGAGUAAAGCUCAGCUUGUUUUGCCUUCUGUAGGGGGAGAUAUUCGAGUGCUCGUGUGGAUGAAUUUAUGCUGAUUUCGUAGUACGUAAGGAAGAACGAAUGUGACAAACAAAGAGAUAAAGCCGCAUUGGUCUUGUGGUUUAAAUUUGAACACAUUUUAAACUUGCCAUUAACAAUGGCAAUGCAUAAGUGAGGUAGAACCAACCAGACUGAUGCGGGCAAAAGGUGAACGCUUUCAAAUAUUUUAUGUCAGUUUGGUAGAUUAUUAUUUCACAAUCAAUGGCAGGUCAUGCAGCACACCUUUUGAGUAUAGCACCUUGCUUCUGAACUGAAAUAAAACUGUGAUUGCAUGUAUGGAAAAUUAGCGAUCGCCAUGCACGGCGACUCAAGUUUCAUUGUAUGUGGCGUACAUGUGAUCCAACAACAUGCACGGUACUCCAGUGUGAUUUCUGCAUUGAAUUAUGUCAGUAGAUUACGUUGCUGACUGAUUUUAGUUCUAGUUCAUUCUGACUAAGCUCGGAUUUCACUACAGUGAUCUGUUUAUUGCAUCUUUUCCAUUCUGUUUAUCCGUUUCAACACGGGCCGAAUCAAAGCAAGAGGCGUUCCUACGGACAGGGCGAAUUUUGAGAAUUGAUUGGUUCUACUAAGCUAUAAGUGGGAGUUUUUUUGUAACGGAAAGUGCUCUGCAGUGUUGAGUGAGUCUUUUGUUGAGAAGGGUCGCUCUCUCUCUCUCUCUCUGUCUCUCUCCGAGUGAGUCAUGCAUGUUCAGUGAUCUGCCAGGAUGCGGGGGGAGAGAGAGACAUCUCUUCACUAGAGCUCUGUCUCUCUCUGCCAUCUCUGGCCCUCUAUCUCUGUAGAGGAGCGACCUCGCGCUGCUUUUCUCUCUCGUCGUCCUCUGUCUCCAUGGAUCCAGCGUUUUGUGGUUUAUUUUUGGUCCCCGAGCUGCUUCUGCCACUGCUGCACGGCGUCGGAUUUUCCUGACGGCCACUCGCUCCCUUUCUUCGAACCCUUGAGGACGCUUUCUCAGCUCCAGCAUGUUAAAGAAGUGGACAGUCAGCUGGGAGUUGGAUGUGUCCGUUCGCAUGUAGGCUAGCACACUGAGGGGAAUGCUUCACCGUGGUAAAUACAACCGAUUCCGGAAUGAGUCAGUGACGUCCGUCGAUGAGCUUCUGCACGGUCUCUCCAUGAAUGCCAAGGUCUCGGCCGUCCCGCCGUCGCUGCCUGUGGGCGACCCUCCAUACGCCCCGCCAGCCGAGGUCUUGCCGCCCGACCCUGCGGAAGAGUCCGGCACCUUGUGCACCCUCAUUAACAAAGUCUCCAACCUCAAAUUCGCCAACUCCUCCGGACUGCUGGGCAUCAAGGGCCUGCCGUCCGCCGUCAAGGACCUGGCUGUGUCCAAGCUCCAGGGAGGAGCGUCAGGAGGCGGAUCCGGUAGCCCAGGCUCAUCCACCCUCCCAGCGGCCUCCGGAGUGCCUCACGCCCCACCGGAGCACAGUUCCGCAAACUCUGGGAAGAAGGGCAGGAUGGAAGAGUCUCAGCCCAGCGGAGAGGGCUGGGGCCUGGGUGGGACAGGUGGGCUGGUGAAUAAGCCUUCUCGCGGAUGGCUGCACUCAGGUGAAAAGAUUUCCGGACCUGGAGUGACGUACGUCGUUAAGUAUUUGGGCUGCAUUGAAGUCCUCCGGUCCAUGAGAUCUCUGGACUUCACCACACGAUCACAAAUCACACGGGAGGCGAUCAGUCUGGUGUGUGAAGCCGUCCCUGGUGCCAAAGGAGCUCUGCGCAAGAGAAAGCCUCCCUCGAAACUCCUCUCCAGUAUUUUGGGCAAGAGUAACCUGCAGUUUGCUGGGAUGAGUAUCAAUCUCAACAUCUCCACCAGCAGUUUGAACCUGAUGACACCGGACUCCAAACAGAUAAUAGCCAAUCAUCACAUGCAGUCCAUAUCCUUUGCCUCCGGUGGAGAUCCGGACACGACUGAUUACGUCGCUUAUGUGGCGAAAGAUCCUGUUAACCGGAGAGCCUGUCAUAUUCUGGAGUGCUCUGACGGUCUGGCUCAGGACGUGAUCAGUACGAUCGGUCAGGCGUUCGACCUGCGCUUUCAGCUCUAUUUGCAGUGUCCGUCCAGCAAACCCUCGUCCAUGCACGACAGGGUUAUGAGUACAGACGAGCCCCCGUGGACGGAGGAAGGAGAGGAGUCGGCCGAUCAUCACUACUACAACAGCAUUCCCGGAAAGAUGCCGCCACCAGGAGGCUUCAUUGAUGCUAGACUGACCAAUCAGACGCAAGACAGCAGCCAGGCCGCUGGAGUCCACCAGACGUACUACCAGGGCCGCCCCAUGUUCAUCCAACAAGGCUCCUGUGACAUAUACAGUCUCCCUGAGGUCAAAGGUCAAGCCCCUAAACCAGGAGAAGUGCCCACGUAUGUGAACACGCAGCACAUUGACACACAGAUGCUGGCUGCCCUCCAGGGAGAGUCAGAGACGCCGUCCGAUUCGGGCACGAGUGGGACAGCUAAAGACAGCCCGAGGAAGGACCUCUUUGACAUGAAGCCGUUUGAGGACGCCAUCAUGACCCAGACUCCGGCUCCGGCUCCUCCAGCCUCAGAGCUGCAUAAAGCGGCGUCCGUGGAUAACUGCAGUCCUCUGCUGAUGCGCGCGGCCGCUCUGAGAGCUCAGGAGGAGCUGGAGGACCAGACAUGGUACCACGGAGAGAUGAGCCGCCGCCAGGCCGAGAAACUGCUGCUCCGCGACGGAGACUUUCUGGUGCGGAAGAGCAGCACUAACCCGGGCUCAUACGUCCUGACAGGGAUGCACCACGGCCUGGCCAAACACCUGCUGCUGGUCGAUCCGGAGGGAACGGUCCGGACGAAGGAUCACAUAUUCGAGAGCAUAAGCCACCUGAUUGGCCAUCACCGUGACAACAACCUGCCAAUCGUGUCGGCGGGAAGCGAACUGUGUUUGAAGCAGCCCGUGGAAAGGAAACAGUGACGACACCUGAAAUCCCGCGGGAGGCUCACGGCGCCGCUCUUUUACGAAAACACACGCUCAGAUGACUGAUCUCCGUCGGAGAACACGUGACGCUUGUCCAACGAUGCAGGAUUUUAGUUUGGAUGAUGCGAAAGCGCUCUCACCGAAAGCUGAAUUCUAGAACUGACAGUUAUUUUAUUGCGUUGGCUGAGAAUCUCUAUUUUUGAAGAAGACAGCCGUUCGAAAGGGGAGUUUGGACGAACUCGGCCCCCAAGAGGCAUGUGACGAAAACUAGCUACAGAGUAUUUUAGAAUAAAAAAGUUUUAGUUUUGUCUAUCAAGCACAACCGGAUUUUCAUGUUCGUCGGUAAGAGAUAGAAGGAAAACUACUAUUUGAGACAACGUAAAACAAAGCUGUUUAUAUCGACCUAUUUUAGGAGUUCGUCCUUUACUGCAGCUAGUGCGCGAGAUCAUUUGGUAGCUUCUAUCGAAUCACUGCUUUUCAGAGGGAAGAUGACGUGAAUGUGUUUGCUUUAACAGAAAUCACACUCCGACAUGCUGCACGAACACACACACACACACACACACACCUUCAGUUUUCUAUGACGUUGAAACCUCUGGCACUCGCAUGACUUAAAACCUUAAUUGUACUUGUGGUCAUUGUUGGUAGCAUCCAGAGCCCCAGCGGAGGUGCUUUUGUGUGCUCACAAUGUCAAAUAUUUAUGCUUUCCCAGUAUUCCUUGAGUUUAGCUCCUUCUUUAAACGUGUCAGAGGGGUGUAGUCGCUCGGCUCAGGCCUUUACUUUAUACCUUGGAUGUUUCUAUGGGUUCUGGCUUUCAUGGUUCGACUGUGGGCUUCACAAACACACACACUGGUAUUAUAAUUAUUCUUCUGAUGAUUAUUUUCAAUUAAACCGUUCUAAAUGAAUAGCACAAUUAACGCUUUUCUGUGUGAGGGAGACGGUCUGGUGUGUUUUUGCACAGUCUAAUUACUGGACAAACUGGAGUAUUACUGGAUUUGUCACCGUUUUAGCCACGCUUUAAAAUAUUCAUAUUUAUUAUACCGUAAACAUGCUUCGGUAUAGCAUUUAGUGUUUUUCUUUAAAUCCACAUUUCAGAUAAAUGAAAUUUGCAUCUGAUACUAUUCGUGUUUAGAAAAUAGCUCCAAGAUAUGCAAGCAUGAGGCUGAAUGUCAAGAAAUUGACCCCAAAAAUCAUCAAAAAAUUAUAUUAAUGACAAUAAUUCAAAAAAUAUUAGUAGUCCUACAAACAAGUUUCCUUUUUUAUGCUGAAUAUAAUUGGUUUUCUUCCACUUUUUUUUAAAUUAAAUUAUUAUUAUUUAUUUAUUUUUGCAUCUGAUUGCUGUUUGGAAAAUAGCACUAAGAUAUGAACUUAUAUCUUAGUGCAUAAGGGUGUAUCUCAUAAAAACGUCAUGAAACUGACCCCAAAAUGAAAAUUCCCCAUAAAAAUAAUGCAGCAAAAUAUUAAUGUUCCUGCAAACUGGUUUCGUUUUUUUAAAUACUGAAUAGAAUUUUUUGGGGGGGGAAAAUGUCAUCCAAUAUAAUCACUGAUAUUAACUUAUAAAGUUAUCAUGCAUAAAUAAGGGUGAAUCUCAUAAAAAAAUUAAGGAAUCAACAGAAAGGUAGUCAAUGAAGCUUAUUAUUGUCAUGAGAAUAAUCCAAAAAAUAUAAAUGGUCCUAGAUACAAGCUUAAUUUGCUUUAUGCUGAAUAUAAUUUAUUUUCUUCUUUUUUUUUUUUUGGCAGAGUGGAAUAUGACCUUUCUUGAUGAGAUUCACCCAUAAAUUGUGGUGAUUUUAAAUAUUAAAGAAG